AUGAGGAAAUCACCAAUUUCAAUUUUAUGUCCAAUUACUUUUGAAUUUACAGAACAAAAUGAACUCACCACGAAGUAUCCAAAAAUUACUGAUAAAGUUGAACCAAAAAAUGAAUUCCUUAAACACGGAGAUAUUAAGUCUUAUUUCAAACCAUGGACCAAUAAAUACAUUCUCGUUAGAUCAUACGAAAAUCAAAUUAUAUUGUUGGAUUCUAUGAAAAAGUGUUUCACCUACAAAAUGAGUUGUGGUUGUGGUAUUCCAAAGGUUACACUUGUUGGUACCUUAGAAGAUUGGCUACACCUUCAAGAAAAGGUCGCAAAACUUCGUGGGUUAGGAUUGGAACUUGAUUUUUGGUUGGACAGAUUGGAACCAGUGGUUUCUCUAUUUGUUGCCACCUAUAAAGGAAACCUUGACGUAGACUUUUAG